AUGCUUGGUUCAAAAGAUUUGAUAAUUGUACCUGAAAAGCAUGUACUGGAUUCGCCUGGACAUUUUGCAAAGAUUUGGAAGAAGAUUGAAAUUGCCAAACAGAACCUUGCUUAUAACAAAGAUGUGACGAUAUCAAGCCUUCAUGUAAACGAGACAGUUGCGUCUCAUGCUGUAGAUGGAAACAGGGGUACAGAGUUCUACUCCUGUGCACAGACAGAUUAUGGAAACCCUUCUUGGCUACAGGUCGACUUAGGGAACGAAGCAGUUGUCAGAUCUGUUAUUAUAAUCAGCAUUAAGAAUGAAUUCAGGACGAUGAAAAACUUCAGUGUAAAGGUUGGUAAUGGUUAUGGAACUGGAAGACGAAAUUCUACAUGUGCUUUAGGAUUGAAUAUCCCAGAAUCAACUAACAGUUUGUCAGUUGAUUGUCCAGUGAAUACUAUCGGUCGUUACAUCACUGUCAGCGUCGUUGGCCAUUUAGAACUUUGUGAGAUAGAAGUGUUUGGCAAGUUUCUAUUCUAA